GCAUGAUAAUCAGGUCUUCAAAAGAUUUGGUGUAAGUAAUGUUGAAGAUGAGGUGUUUGGUGGUAUUGAUGAUUGGCCUACCACUAAUUUCAAGACUCUUACUGUUGAGCACCAGUGUUUAGUGCCCAAAAUAUCAGAUCAUACAAUUACUAAUUAUUUCAUCGAGAGAAUAUCUAUGGACAAUCAAAUGUCAGGAGAUAUUGAAGCCUUGAAAAAGGGAAGGGCAAUGAUGAACGGGCUUAAAGUAAACGCCCUCAGCAUUAAUCUAGAGAAUGAAGAUGUCUUAUUCUUGACGGGGUUUACAGCUGCUUCAAUGAAAAAAAGGUACAUAAUAUAAUCAAGUUGUUGCACAAAUGUUGAUGUUAAUGAUGUUUAAUUCUUUUAUUUUGUUGUUGUUUUAGGUGACUUGACAAACUUCUGUACUUGCUCAUAUUUGAUCCAAGUAGAACAAGCCAUAUUCUGUAAUUGUGCCAAGUAGUGAUGAUCAGAUACAGAUCUGUAAUAAGCCUAUAAGUAAUUCACAGGUAAAUAUCUUACACUUUAUAUAUCUCUUUCAAUUAUCUGUAAUAUAAAUAUUGCAGGUAACUUACAACUUCAAGAUAAGUUUGAGUAGGAAAGGUGAAGGCAUUCUGCAAAGUCACUGUGAAUGCCCUGCUGGUGUAGGACCAAAUGGCACUUGCAAACACAUUGCAGCAGUGCUACUUAUGCUGGUCCAUUUUGUGGAGCAUGGAGAGAGAUUGAUGGCUAGUUCUUGCACACAAAAUCUUCAAACAUUUCAUCAUCCAUCUAAGCCAUUUACAGGUACUUACAUAAUGUGAACUAUUGUUUGUAUUAAACUUUGAUGAUUUUAUUUUUUCAGCUAUUUUGUUGAUGGUUCUUAUUUGGGUUGUACUAACAGUUGGUGACCUUCGCCAGAGACUUGAUUUUACAACCUGUCAUUUCUAUUUGGAACGGGGUUGUUUCUGAUUUUUAUUGUAAAUUUAAGUUAAUAAAACACAUUGUACUUUAUUUUAAACAAUUUACUAAAAA